UAUAAAGAAAAUAGAAAAAUAAACUUAAGUUUCUACAAUAGUUAACUAUCGCAUACCGUUCCUAAAUAUUCUUAGACUGGGGGUUUCCAAUCGAUGCCAGCCAGCAGCAAAUGAUGAAAAUAAAGUGGCCAAUGUUUUGGUUUCGUGGGUACGGUUUUAUAGUGCAUUUUAGAAUUUUUCCAAAUAAAGGCAGGAUAUUCGAGAUUAUUGAAUAAGUGUUUAUUCUCAAGUGCAGAAUAUAACAGUGGAAGGCGACGAACAUAAAGGUGCAGUUAGUAAAGUAAAGUAAAGAUACGAAGAAUGUGAUUAAAAGUUAUGGAUAAAAACAAUUUCCUUAUCCAUUGAAAACAAUGAAAAGAAUUUAUUCUUACUCAUUCAUCAAAACGAAUAAAAUUCCUUGAAAAUUACGGUAAUAUUGAAACAGCUUAAAUGGCAGAAACGGAAACAGUUUUUGCUUAUGAGCAAUAAUAGCUCGAAAAGAUAAUACUUCUAUUGUUCCUAGUGAGGAGUGUUUAUUAAAGGCAGCUAUUGAUAUUGGGUGUAACUACAAUAAAGAAAGGUUUGUCGCUGAAGCGUUUAUUAGUUAUCCUAAAUGAUGGAUAUAAGAAAAAACGAACACAUUUCACUGCUAUUGCCAGUCAAUAGUAGUGAACAUUUAUCAUCGACGACCGGUAACCGGAAAAGUUUAAAAAGGCAUUGGAAUCAGCUAUCCCGAUUCCAGAAAAACUUGAUAUGUAUUAUGUUUGCUGGAGUAUGCAUUUUCCUGUUCUUCCUCAUUCCGUACGACGAUAUUUCAAGUCAACCUGUCCGAGGGGAGCCUCCGCUUGAGCACAUCCAGAUUGCUCCGUUUAAAGAUCGGCACGAACACUUAGGUUCUCUGCACUUGGCUGAAUCUGGACCGGAAAAACCGGCCCUGGAACGUAGCCUCCGAUCGCCCGACGGAGAAGUGGCGAAAGAGGUGAAUCUUGGUGCCGGAGCAGCAGCACCCCGACAAAGUGGUAUUAUCGAUGAGCCGCCAGUGCGAAAGGAUCAGGAAGAUAAUCAAAAACAGCCACCCCAGUUAGAAUCCCGACUGGAUGAACCAGUCGAUGGGGGAGAGGUUGGUUAUCAGAACGCUGCUGAAGAAACCGGAGCCACGUUGCAAGUGGUUCAGAACGAAGCCAAGGAGAUUGUGGACAACAAUGAGGAAAACGUAUUGGAGGAGAACCGUCGCAGUGAUAAUGCCAAAGAUUUCAAGGGUCCCACAAACGACCGACAAAGGGCAGUCAUCGAAGCUUUCCUCCAUUCAUGGAAAGGAUACAAAGAGUACGCAUGGGGCCACGACAACCUGAAACCGAUUUCGUCCAGCUAUUCCGAUUGGUUCGGUCUUGGGCUGACCAUAGUGGAUUCGCUGGAUACUUUGUACAUAAUGGAUCUACAGGAAGAAUUCGACGAGGCUCGCAACUGGAUCGAUCAAUAUUUGCGGUUUGAUGUGAACCGGGAUGUGAAUCUGUUCGAAGUAACCAUCAGGGUUUUGGGAGGAUUACUGAGUACUUAUCAUUUGAGCGGAGAUAAAAUGUUUCUGGAUAAGGCGAUGGAUUUGGGCCAUCGAUUGUUGCCCUGUUUUGAUUCACCAUCGGGUAUUCCAUAUUCGGACGUGAACAUUGAAACGAUGAAGGCGCAUCCACCAAAGUGGUCUCCCGACAGUUCCACGAGCGAGGUCACUACCCUACAACUGGAGUUCAGGGAUUUGUCACGAACUUCACUAAAUCCGAUUUAUGAAACGGUCGCAAAUAAAGUGAACGUGAAAGUCCACGAACUAGAGAAGAACGAAGGAUUGGUACCAAUAUUCAUAAAUGCCAACACGGGACAAUUUAGAAACUUUGCUACAAUUUCUCUCGGAGCUCGAGCAGACUCUUAUUACGAGUAUCUUUUGAAACAAUGGGUACAAACAGGCAAAAAGAACGAUGAUUUCCUUAUCGAUGACUAUAAAACUGCCAUUAGAGGAGUGUUGCAUCAACUGGUUCGCAAAACGCCAAACGAAAAACAUGUGUACAUUGGCGAACUGAUCAAUGGUAAAGAUUUCAAACCAAAAAUGGACCAUCUUACAUGUUACCUACCCGGAACCUUGCUGCUAGGAUAUAAAAAUGGAAUGCCGAAAACGCAUCUCAAGUUGGCAACCGAUCUACUGGAAACCUGUUAUCAAACCUACAUGAAACAACCUACCCAGCUAGCGCCAGAAAUUUCUUACUUCAACUUGAAUGGGGAAUCCGAGCACGAUAUCUACGUGAAAACAAAUGACGCCCAUAAUCUCCUUCGGCCGGAGUUUAUUGAGAGUUUGUAUUAUUUCUAUGCUAUAACUGGGAACAAAACCUAUCAGGAUAUGGGUUGGACUAUUUUCGAAGCGUUCAACAAGUAUACACGGGUUAAAAACGGUUACACCUCGAUAGGGAACGUGAAGAGCCCACUAAACACUCGUCCUCGCGACAUGAUGGAAAGUUUUUGGCUAGGGGAAACUCUCAAGUACUUUUAUCUGUUAUUUAGCGACGAUCGAUUGGAGAUCGAUCUAGACAAAUACGUAUUCAAUUCGGAGGCGCACCCAUUGCCCAUACGGGAUGACUGAACAUGAUCUGUGGCGAAGGCUGGAACUCUGACGCAGAGUGCUUGGUGUUUCUGCUGCCCUAUUGGUGCGCUGGUUGCCAGGCUUUUAGAACAACUGUUUCAAUUCCACUACUUUUUCGAAAUAUCUGGUCCCUGAAUCAUGCAGCACAAGGCAUCAUACGUACAUGAACGUAAAACCUUUUCGGUAACGUAUUACGGGGUGCAGAUAGUUAGCAAAUUCUUAUUGAUCGUUAAAUUUUUUAAGGAAGCUAUAAUUUUGAAGUUUCCAAUUUGGGCAUACAUAGAUAGUCCGUUACAUCCUAUACUUAUCUACUUAUUUAUUUUGUUUAUUUUGUAGAUUUUAAUAGGGUCGUAAUUCAAAAUGGUGCAAAUCUAUUCCCAAUUCCCUGUAGAUCAUUCUUGUAGAAAAAUAGGAUGCAAUACAAUCUUUUCUAAUUACACUAAAUAGAUGUAAGCAGUACAUGCAGCAGCCUACGGCAGCCAAUUAAGUGAGCUGAAAAACAUUGAAAAAAAUCUCUAGUCUUCAUUAAGAAAUUAGGGUGAUUGUCGAGCGAUAGAAAAGCGUGCAAGUGAGCUCCAAAUAUUAAAGCAAAAAACCAAACAAUUUCUUUGGUUACGAUUAAGGGUAUAAAAAUACACAAAAACAAAUGAAAGUUGUUUGAAAGACAUGAAACGAAUUCAAUUUCUAGGAUGCUAAGCGACCAACAAAUAAAUGGAUAUUAAAAUAAA